GUAGACACACUUCAGGUAGAAAAAGAAUCCACAUCCAUCACUCCAGCAUUUACCAGAGUUUUACCUCAGUCAGUUGGAGAAGAAAAUGGGUUUGUCUGAGUUUGAGAUUAAGCUUGCCAGGGAGGUUAAGAAAUACCCCAAUCUUUACAGUUCAAGAGAUACAAUAAUUAAUUAUCAUGAUUGGAUUAUAGUAGCUCAUAUUCUCAGCAAAGGUAAAAGAGAAAUGGACUUCAGCUUUUGCAGGACAACGUGGGAAAAGUUGAGGAAAAACUAUGUCAGAGAGCAUAAUACAAAGAUCAAGAGCGGCAAUUCAAGUGUUGGACUAAAAGAUCCGGAGAUAUUACAGGAGUUGAACUGGCUUUCCCCCUUCAUAAAACACAAAGCCCAACCGACCAACAUUCCAGGAGGAGAGGGUCUGGUAGCAAGAGGGCGAGGAGAGACUGGAGGCAGUCGUGAUGCGUCGUUGGACAGAUACCAACAUUUCAUCACCUUGUCCACCCCUGCAGCAGACGGCACCUUUACCCCUCCUGUAACCACACACAUCAGACCCUUCAGACACAUGUCCACCCUAACACAGUCUGGGGACGGCCUCUCUUCAUCUCAACCAAGCUCCAGUUCUACCAGUGGACCAGUCCAACCAAGGAAGAGGACACAGGACAGAGUAGAUCAAGCCCCCAGAAAGAACCCUAAGAUUGCUGAUAAAACCAGAGAGCAUGGGGUCAGUAGUGUGGGAGGUAGUGAUGAAGGUGACGCCUUACAUGUUCUGUUAGCUGUCGCGAGAGGACAAGGAGAGACUGGAGGAAGUGGUGAGGGGUCGAUGGACAGAUUCCCCUGUCGUUUCACCCUCUUGUCCACCCCUGAAGCAGACAGCACCUUCACCCCUCCUGUAACUACAUCCAUCAGACACCCCAGACUAGGGUUGCAAAGCUACCGACCCACAUCUACUCUGAAACAACAGUCUGUGGACGGCCCCACUACGCCUAAACCAAGCUCCAGCUCUACCAGUGGACCAGCCCAACCAAGGAAGAGGACACAGCACAGAGUAGAUCAAGCCUGCAGCAAGAACCCUAAGAAUGCUGAUAAAACCAGAGAGCAUGAGAGUCUGGUAGCGAGAGGACAAGCAGAGACUGGAGGCAGUGGUGAGGCGUCGAUAGACAGAGACCUCUGUCGUUUCAACCCAGCAGGCAGCACCGUUACCCCUUCUGUAACCACACACAUCAGACCCUUCAGACCCACAUCUACUCUGAAACAGUCUGGGGGCGGCCCCACUACGCCUAAACCAAGCUCCAGCUCUACCAGUGGACCAGCCCAACCAAGGAAGAGGACACAGCACAGAGUAGAACAAGCCCCCAGCAAGAACCUUAAGAAUGCUGAUAAUACCAGAGAGCAUGGGGUCGGUAGUAUGGGAGGUAGUGAUGAUGGUGACGCUUUACUUAGCCAUAUUAUAAUUUCAACGCUAAGUGAAAUGCCGCCUGAACUGAAGUCCCAAGCUAAAUCAGAUAUGCUGAAACUGCUUUCUGCAAUGCAGGGAAAGUUGUCACAGCAUCAGAGUAGUACCAAUGUUAAUCACUGAUCAUGAUUUUCAACAGUGAACUUCCAUCAUUUAUACAUUAGAAUUCACAUCAGUAUACAUUUUAAAUAGUAGUAAAAUAUGUUCUGAAUGCUACUUGUGCAGAUAUUGCAUUAACUAGAUACUAAAGGACAAAGGCUACAUUGACACAGGCAGACCAAUUCUUAUCUUUUGCCAAUACAUGGGCAAAGUAUCAGAAUUAGGCUGCUUGUGUAAACGUAGCCUAAGAAUCCUAGUGUACAGAUUGAAUACUUUUUUCAUAUUCAUUUCAGUUAAAUUUGAAUUUAAUUUGGCAAUCAUAUCCCCAAACAUAUGUUCUUAUAUGACCGAACAGUGUUAUAACCGAGGUCUACUGCGCACCACAAUAUUGUGUUUGCCCUGUGAGCUAAAGCUUAGGCAUUAGUUCAGGGAGCCUCAUUGGCUAGUAGUUACACUAUAUGUUCAAUUGUGGAAGAUGUUGCACCGUCUACAUCUAUAAAUAAUAAAGCUUGCCAACAUUCUUUCCUGUCAUGACUGCUAAUAUGAAAAGCUAGAGUUUUCCAA